AUGCUCUUCUCCAUCUUCUUAUUGCUUUUCCUACCCUGCGUAGGCAUGAGCGCUGUGUUCGUGGUCUACAUCUGUCUCUUAUGGUUCGCCGCCAAUACCCGGUCGUCGGCAGAGCCUCGGUUACCGGUCAAGCGGGUUUCCGAGAAGGGCUUGUCGGCCUCUGAUCUCGACAAGUUGCCGAAAACUAGCGGCAAAGAGCUGACCAGGGGGACGGAGUGCGCGGUGUGCCUGGAGGAGAUCGAGGCAGAGCAACCGGCUCGGGUAGUUCCAGGUUGUAACCACGGCUUCCAUCUCCAAUGCGCCGAUACCUGGCUUUCUAAGCAGUCAUUCUGUCCGGUUUGCAGAGCCAAACUCCAACCUCAGCCGUUUCUCACUUCCUCUGAUGAAAAUCCAUGCUAG